CCGGAGUCUGCCCCCUUCUCCGGCGUCUCCUCCCCUAAGUUUCCUCCUCAUAGGCUUGUCCUCGGAGAGUGGGCGGCCCCUUCCCGAGCGCAGAAACUCUUCGCUGCGUCCCUCCGCCUCCUCCACUGCAGGCUUCCUCUGGGCCACGACCACUUCCUCCCUCGUGCACGGAGCGAACACCGGGUCCCGACCCACGCCGCGUCAGGUCCUCACUGCCGAAGAGAAGCCGGCGGAGAGGUAGCAAUGAAUGUGGAACAUGAAGUCAACCUCUUAGUGGAGGAAAUUCAUCGUUUAGGUUCAAAAAAUGCUGAUGGAAAGAUAAGCGUGAAAUUUGGGGUCCUCUUCCAGGAUGACAAAUGUGCCAACCUCUUCGAAGCCUUAGUGGGAACUCUGAAAGCCGCAAAACGAAGGAAGGUUGUUACAUACCCAGGAGAGCUGCUUUUACAAGGUGUUCAUGACGAUGUUGACAUUACAUUGCUUCAAGAUUAACGUGCUUUGCGUAUCUUGUGUAUUGCUCCUUUUUGUUUCUGGUAAACUGGAAUAUUGGGUCAAAGGACAAACAUAUGAGCACCCCUGAUGUAUUUUUAUAGAACUUUGUAAACAAAAGGAGACUCAUAUUUUACAGGUUUGUUCUUUUUUUAUAUCUUGAAAGAAAACUUAUGUAUUACAUUGUAAUAUAAAACCUAUUAUUUUUCUCAGGAAUCUGGUUGGGAAAUCGUAGGCACUGAGACUUUUUUUUUUUUUUUUCUCUUUUGGAGGGGGUGUAAGAGUGUUCGUUUCGUAAAUUAUUCUUAGACUGUUUCUACAGAUAUUGGAUGUUCUGUUAAGAGGCAAACUGAAGAUCAGCUCCCACAAGGAAUGUUGUGUUUAAUGUAAUAAAGACAUGUAACCAUCUUAAAAUCA